AUGUCGAAACAAACUUCGCUAAUUAAUAAGCCGGAAACGGCCGAUAUGGUCGAACUCGCCCAGGGCCUCAAAAAAGUGGAGUGGAUUCCGGAUACGCGAUUUCCCCUUUGUGGCACUUUUAUCGUUCAUCUAGAAGAUCAUACCUUCGGAUCACUCAUCAGAUCAAAAUUGAGUAAGGAUGACAGAGUGACGUUUGUUGGCUAUAGAAUGCCGCAUCCGUUGGAGAAUAAGCUUGAGAUAAGGAUCAGGACUAAAACUGAUAACCCGUUCACCGUCAUUCUCAGCGCCAUCACUAACCUCAGAACUAACCUCUCUCACCUCAAAAAUCUCUAUCUCACUACCCUGAAGGAUCGCACUUAA